AAGUCUUGGGGUUGCCUAUAAAACCAAAAGCUUGUGAGCUUUUUUCAUUCUCAUUCUACAGCAAAACUGAAAAUAUUUUGCAUUCUGUUGUUUGUUUCUCUUUUUAACUUAUUCUUGAACUAGAGCGAAAGAAACGAUGGGUAGAGAUGGCGUACUCAUUAUACUAUCACUUCUUGUUUUUGGAGCUGUCACGGUGUGUAAUGCUGAUGGGUUGGGGCAGCAUUUCUACCGCACAAGUUGCCCACAAGCUGAGCUGACGGUGAGGACAAUCACAAGAAAUAGGGCUCAAAGUAACUCCGCUCUGGCUGCUAAACUCUUAAGGAUGCACUUUCAUGACUGUUUUGUUAGGGGAUGCGAUGCAUCGAUACUGUUAGAUGCAGUUGGAACCACUGAAGCUGAAAAAGAUGCAAUUCCAAAUGGAUCAUUGUCAGGUUAUGAUGUGAUUGAUGAAAUUAAAACUGAACUCGAGCAAAUUUGCCCUGGAAUAGUUUCAUGUGCAGACAUUCUUGCCUUGGCUGCUCGUGAUGCUGUUUCCUUACCGUUUAAUAGGCCUUUAUGGGAAGUCUUAACUGGAAGAAGAGAUGGCAAUGUUUCUCUCGCAUCUGAUAUCGAUACAAACCUGCCCUCCCCCUUCUCAGACUUCACCACUCUUUUGCAACUAUUUACCAACAAGGGUCUUGAUCUUAAUGAUCUUGUGGUUCUAUCAGGUGGACACACAAUAGGAGUUGCUCACUGUGCUACUUUCUCAAACAGGCUGUAUAACUUCAAUGGUACUAAUGGAAGUGAUCCUUCCUUAGAUCCACAAUAUGCAGAAUUCUUGAAAACCCAAUGCCCUAAUCUAGUCGAUCCAGCAACAACUGUGGAGAUGGAUCCUCAAAGCUCACUAAUAUUUGAUAAUAAUUACUUCAAAAUCCUUCUCCAAAACGAAGGUCUUUUCCAGUCUGAUGCUGCACUGCUCCAAAAUGAACAAUCGGCCGGGAUAGUCAGACGGCUGAUGAUAUCCAAUGCCUUCUUCGCCAAGUUUGCCAUCUCAAUGAAGAAAAUGGGAGCCAUUGAAGUGCUUACAGGAGCUGCUGGACAGAUUAGGAAGAAUUGCCAUGUAGUAAAUCCUCAAGGAUAAAAUAAUAAUACAAAAAAGAAAUUCAACUAUAAUAAACAA